UGCUACCGAGAGACAGAGAGAGAGAUUUGUGUUGGUGCUGGGAGGAAGUGUUUAACUUCAGUCUGGUGAGUGUGGAUUCCACAUCAGCAUGGGGAAGAGCAAGGAGGGGAAAGAACAGCAGCAGCAGCACUCUGAGUAUGGAGAGCCAACGCAAUAUGACCCGACGUUUAAUGGACCCAUUCACAACAGGAGCUGCACGGAUAUCAUCUGCUGCGUCCUUUUCAUGCUCGUCAUCGUCGGAUACAUGGUGGUUGGAAUUCUGGCGUGGCUGUAUGGUGACCCGCGACACGUGCUUUACCCACGCAACUCCACCGGCAUGUUCUGUGGCCUCCCACCCAAUCAGGAUAAGCCGAAUGUGUUUUACUUUAAUAUCCUAAAAUGCGCCACAGCGACAAACAUCAUGGCCGCCGCACUUCAGGGCUUCCAGUGUCCCACCACUCAGAUCUGUGUCAGGUCAUGUCCCUCAAAGUUCUGGUCUCUGGACCCUUUAGCCUACACCGCUCCCCCUACAAGAUUGCAGAACUUCUUUCAACAGGAACUGUGUGUGCCGUCCUUCAACCUCAGCACCACCAAACUUACAGCAGGGGAGAUCAUUAACAGGGAAUUGUGUCCAUUCUUCUACACACCUACCACUUCAGUGUUGGGAAGGUGUAUACCCUCUUUGCUGAAUGAUGACACCUCUGACUUCAGUAUCUACAACAUGACGCACAAUGAGACUAUGAACACGAUCAAGAAUGCUACGAGUGAGCUUUUGGGUGAGUUUAACCUCCGAGAUGUGGGCGUUCGCAUCUUCGCAGACUUUGCUUCUACUUGGCAGUGGAUCGUUCUAGGGCUGGUGAUAGCGAUGGUCGUCAGUUUGCUGUUCCUCCUUCUCUUACGCUUCCUGGCGGCCAUCUUGGUGUGGGUCCUGAUCAUUGGGGUUCUGGCAGUAGGAGCAUUCGGUAUCUGGUACUGCUAUAAUGAGUACGCGUCCCUGAAAGACUCCACUUUGACCUACAACAGCGUCGGCUUCACUACUAACGUUAACGUGUACCUGCAGAUCCGCGACACCUGGCUGGCCUUCUUGAUCAUUCUGUCUGUGGUGGAGGCGAUUCUCCUGUUGACUCUGAUUUUCCUCAGAACUCGAAUUCUCAUUGCCAUUGCUGUUAUUCAGGAGUCCAGCAGGGCGGUGGGCUACAUGAUGUCAACACUGAUUUACCCAGUAAUCACCUUCGUGAUGCUCGUUGUGUGUGUUUCCUACUGGGGCAUCACUGCUCUUUAUCUGGCUACAUCCGGAGGUCCAGUGUACAAUGUUAUAGCUUUGAACUCUUCAGAAAGCGGCUGUGGUUUCAUCAGGGGCAACGAGAGCUGUGACCCAACGACGUUUAACUCCUCGGCGUACGGGAGCUGUCAGUCUGCACGCUGCGCCUUUAUAAAGUACAACACGGAGGGUCUGUUCCAGAGGAACCUCUUUAACCUGCAGCUGUAUAACGUGGUGGGCUUCCUGUGGUGCGCCAACUUCGUCAUCGCUCUGGGACAGUGCACGCUCGCCGGAGCCUUCGCCUCCUACUACUGGGCCUUCCACAAACCCUCCGACAUCCCAGCAUGCCCUCUGAUCUCCUCCUUCAUGAGGGCGCUGCGGUAUCAUGUUGGCUCUCUGGCGUUCGGUGCUCUGAUUCUCACACUCGUGCAAAUAGUGCGCAUCAUUCUGGAGUACAUCGACCACAAAUUCAGAGAGGCUCAGAACCCCUGUGCUCGGUUUCUGAUGUGUUGUCUGAAGUGCUGCUUCUGGUGUCUGGAAAAGUUCAUCAAGUUCCUCAACAGAAAUGCUUACAUUAUGAUCGCUAUUUAUGGCAAAAACUUCUGCGUCUCGGCCAAAAACGCCUUCUUCCUGCUCAUGAGGAACAUCAUCAGGGUGGUGGUGCUGGAUAAAGUGACCGACCUGCUGCUGUUCUUUGGCAAACUGCUGGUGGUUGGAGGAGUGGGUGUGCUGGCGUUUUAUUUCUUCACCGGCAAGAUCGUGAUUCCCAACUUGUCCUUCACCGCUUCAUCACUCAACUACUACUGGAUGCCCAUCAUUGCGGUGGUGGUUGGUGCGUAUCUCAUUGCAAGUGCGUUCUUCAGUGUCUACAACAUGUGUGUGGACACACUCUUCCUCUGCUUCCUGGAGGAUCUGGAGAGGAACGACGGCAGCGCUGAGAAACCCUACUACAUGUCCAAGAACCUGAUGAAAAUCCUGAACAAGAAAAACAAGCAGCCCAAAAAAUGAACCUUCACUUCCUGCUCCACGAAAACAACCAAUCAGCUUCUAAAUGCUUCCACACACUGCACUUUAGCCUCCUUUAUUAACUUGUACUGUUUUUUUUGUUUUUAGCAUUCAUUAGCGUUUAGUGAUCAUUAGAGGUCCAUCUCUGUACGUCCCAAACCAAACAUAAGCGUAAUGCUGACUAAAGAUUCAACCUGAACUAAACAUAAACACAACACUAAUGACUCAACCCUGAACCAGCAUCCAGCUCAAAUUUCUCCUUCACCAUGUUGGAUUAGCACUGUUUGUUUAGUAUGAGCAAGUUUCAUCCUUCAAUUCAAGCAACUCGUGCUUCAAAGACUAAUCCCAGACUCAACAUGUCUUCCCAGUGUCUCUCUAAACAUCUGAGUUUGUUUUGGAUUCUUUAGUCAGACGCUUGAUGACUGUUAUUUUUUUUUAUCCUCCGUUAACACUUUUGACGUUAGCUGUUCGAUUGAUGUUUUUCUUUGAUUGUUUUAGCGUUAGCAACUCCAUUCACUGAAUUUAUUCCAUUUUUAAAGACUAAAACUCUGACACGAUGCACUUUUGGAGUGAAGUAUAGCAAAUUUUUAAAUUUCUAUUUCAGAACAUGUGAUAGGUUAGCAUCCGUUAGCAAAGUAAUAUGAGUUUAUUUUUCAGGCUGCAAAAAGGAUACUCCUUUUAAAAUGCAAUACUUCACAAAGACUAAUCCCAGACAUAACGAUUUAUCCAGACGCUGGUGAAAAGAGCGGUGUUGAACCUGUAGGUUCAUUUCGAAAUUUGUUAACAUUAACCUGGCUUAAUGAAAUAUUAAUGAAUAGUGAUCAAUCCCAACAUGCUUAACACUAACCCCAGACUAAACACACACAAUUAACCGGUGUUUAUCUGAAGCUGAAUAUUUCCUUCUUUCCUGUAACGAUUGUGAUUAGAAUUAACAUCAACACCUUUUAAAUUUAGCUGUGCGAUUUAUCUAAUGACUAAUCCCAGACUUGACCCGUGUGUAUUGGAGAAACCAGUCAAAAUGUUGGAGGAAGUCAAACGUAGCUUUCUUUUCUUGGGGAAAAAAGGAUUAGCAUUUGUUUAACUGUAGAGUUUAUUGAACAAACACUUCACGAAGACUAAUCCCAGAGUUCAUACAGCAAGCUAUUGAAAUGUUUUCAUUUUUAAUCCCCCAGGUAGUGAGUCUUAUGUCAAGAGAUAUAUUUAUAUUUUAUAUUCUGUGUGUCUGAACACCGCCAAGAUUCAGUUUUUACGUUAAUGUUUGCAUGAGCAAUUAUUUUAAGACAUUUCUUUUUAUCAGUGCCUGUUGAUUAUUUGUAUAAAUCGAAUGAAGCCAUCACGCUCCAGUUUUAUCAGCUGCAGCUUUUAGCACCAGGAGAAAGUUUUAUUUUUGAACAAAUAUAUUUGUUUAAUCUCUGUGAAAGUGAAGAUACUGUAGAACUGUUAAAACACAUUUCUGUAACAAUUCUGUAUGAAUGACUUUUUAUAGUUGAUUUCAGUCAACAGAGUGUAUUUAUACAACUGUGAAAUAAAGUGUUGGAUAUAAA